AUGGUGCAUGCAGCUCAGAUUGCGGCGAGCGCAACCCCCACCACUCCCUCCCGUCUAUCAUCACGCCGACCACAAAACUCGGGAUCCUUUCACUCCGGCCGACGCAGCUCGACGGGUUCAUUCCACGCCGGAGAACCAUUUCCGCAGCUACCAUCAUACAACGAUAACCUUUCCGGCCCGAGCCAGCGACGCAAAACACCGAGUGCUAUCGUUGGCCCAGAUCUUCCUAGGCUUCGCACCGGACGAUCAGGUCGCAUUCGAUACCAUACUUUUCCGACACCGCCCCCUCUUGGUCUAGGCAGUCUGUCAGGAAAAGAACAACCAUGGUACAAGCGUCUGUUAUGGUGGUCAAAGGGGAAGGUUGGCCUCGAAGAUGGCUUCACCUCUCCCGGUGAACACGAUGAUGGCACACGACGACUCCCUUCCGGACACCACAUCGAUAUCUCUGAAAAUCCUCUGCCCUGGACCCAGCUAUGUCUGCUCGCCCUCCUCUCCCUCGCCGAACAGACCGCGCUCAACUCAAUCGGUCCCUACCUCCCGACAAUGGUCGCUUCGUUCCCCGAGAUCCCUGACGGCCAGGAAGGCGUCUACGUGGGGCUUCUGGCAUCAGCUUUUGCGAUGGCCCAGCUCACGACAAACCUUUUAUGGGGUUACCUCUCGGACCAGGUUGGGCGGAAGCCUACCAUGCUCUUGGGGUCCUCCUUGCUGAUGGUAUGCUUCGUGUUCUUUGGCCUUUGUCGCACGUACACGCAGCUUCUGAUUGUGCAUGCCGGAAUGGGGCUAUUGAACGGGAAUGCGGCUAUUGUGCCGACUUGUUUAGGAGAAAUAACCGACCGGACGAACCAGAGCAAGGCGUUUAUUUGGUUGCCAGUUAUCUACAGUUUAGGGAGCAUCACUGGACCAGCUCUAGGUGGACUGCUCGUUGGAGUUGUGGCUGGUGAAGACUACCCCUUUUUGGCACCCAACAUCUUUUCGGCCGCACUUCUGCUGGCUAGUGUGGUUGUGUUAGCUAUUUGGUUUGAAGAGACUCUUAGCACCAUCGAGCCCGUUGCAUUCGACAAUAAGUGGAUCAACAAGGCCCGUGACUGGUCCCUGGCAGGCUGGCAUCGGCUCAAACAACCAUUUUCUCGCACGCCUUCAGAUCCGUGGGAGAGUUACCCUAUCAACGCUGCACCCAACAACAGUGACAGCGAUUUCAGCUCUCAAUCUGACAAUGCGCCUGACGAAGACGAUGAGCACCAGAGAGUGUUAGAUCACAAUGCCCCUGAUGGCUCGGGCGAGGACGAAGAGGCAGAAGAGCCCAAGUCUGCCUUUAGAGAGCUCGCCAACCGUAACACCCUCUUUAUUUUAGGAACUUACCUCGCCUUCCAGGUCUCCAACAUCUCCUUCAACUCUCUUUACCCCAUAUUUGCCGCGGCUGCACCUCCCACUGGGCGCAAUCUUGGGCCUGAGACAAUCGGGCUGAGCUUGUCGUUUGCGGGGCUGGUGACGGUCUUGUUUCAGAUGCUUGUCUUCCAUAGACUGAAGGACCGGCUUGGGAACCUUGGGACAUACCGGUACUCGUUAUUGGGUAUGGCGCUGGCUAUGACACUGAUGCCUUGGGUUGGACACCCAGAUAGCAGUCCUCCUUUGGGCAUUGGAAGUGGGAAGCUGUGGUUGUAUGUCGAGCUGGGUGUGGCGUUGGUGUUGAAAAACAUCUCUGCUGUGGGUGGGCUGAGUAGUGUGAUGCUUCUGAUCACCAACUCCGCAUCCUCCCAUGAAACCCUCGGCACCCUCAACGGCAUCGCGCAGUCACUAUCCGCAGCAGGCCGCAGUGUCGGGCCUUUCCUCUCCGGGGGCCUUUUUACCCUCUCCACACGCGUCAGACCCAAGGGCGAGGCACUUGCUUGGGGUCUGUUCGCCGGCUUCACGCUUUUUGGUUGGUUCGCCUCGCUGGCAAUACGGGGCAAUGGUCUGGAGAGUGCUGGGUGGGUAGAUGAGAGUGAGGAUACGGAGGAGGAUGUUGAUGAGGAGGCCAAUGGAGAAGGACAAGAGCAGGCGCUCAGUAGUUUGUGA